GCAGUGAGGAAGGCAUCUCUCUUGAUAAAUCCUUUUGUAUCUUGCUGUCAUGAUUCCUCUGUUUAUUCUUCUUCUUCUUCAAAUCUCUGCUUCAUCGGCAGCCUCUGUUUCAGUCCAUGACACCUUUCUUCAAUGCCUGUCAAAGCUAAGCAACCAGCCAGCCCAAGUAUCUAAGCUGGUCUAUGCUCAAGGCAACCCUUCCUACUCAUCUGUGCUGCGCGCCUACAUCAGAAAUGCCCGCUUCAACACCUCCUCCACGCCGAAACCCGUCAUCAUUGUAACCCCAACGGAUGAAACCCACGUCCAAGCCGCCGUGAUUUGCGCCAAGAACAUCGGAAUGCAGCUCAAAAUCCGAAGCGGUGGCCACGACUACGAAGGCGUGUCGUACAUCUCCGACGUGCCGUUUAUCAUGCUCGACAUGUCCAAUCUGCGGUCCAUCGAUGUCAACAUUCAAGAACAAUCUGCUUGGGUUUCAGCCGGCGCCACGCUCGGAGAACUUUAUUAUGGAAUCUGGGAGAAAAGCAAAGUACUUGGCUUCCCCGGCGGCGUUUGCCCCACCGUCGGUGUCGGCGGGCACCUCGGCGGCGGCGGGUACGGUAACAUGCUGCGUAAACAUGGGUUAACGGUGGAUCAUGUUCUGGACGCGAAGAUAGUCAAUGCUAACGGUAAAAUUCUCGACAAGAAUUCAAUGGGGGAAGAUCUUUUCUGGGCCAUUAGAGGAGGAGGAGCAGCCAGCUUCGGAGUCGUAAUUGCGUACAAAAUUGCGUUGGUUCCGGUGCCGGAAAAGGUAACGGUUUUCCGGGUGGAAAAGUACUUGGAAGAGAACGCGACCGACAUUGUUUACAAGUGGCAGCAUGUGGCUCCCACCAUAGACGAAAACCUUUUCAUGAGGAUGCUCGUUCAACCUUCGAGCUCGAAAACGAAGAAGGGUGAGAAAACCAUCAGAAUCACAAUCAUCGCGCAGUUUCUCGGAAACGCCGACCAACUAAUUACCUUGCUGAACAAGGAAUUUCCUGAAUUGGGUGUGAAGAAAGGAGAUGUCUUGGAAAAGGAUUGGAUUGGCUCUGUUCUUUGGUGGGGAAUCAAGGACAACAACACAACACCCAAUUGGCUGCUCGACCGACAUCCCGACACGGCAGAUUUCACCAGGAGGAAGUCAGAUUAUGUGCAGCAACCAAUUUCCAAAGAUGGGUUGGAAUUUAUAUGGAAGAGGAUGAUUGAGCUUGGGAAAACAGGUUUGGUUUUCAAUCCAUAUGGUGGGAAAAUGAGCCAAAUCCCUGCUUCUGCGACGCCAUUUCCACACCGAGCCGGAAAUUUGUUCAAGAUUCAGUACUCCGUGAAUUGGAAAGAACCAGGAUAUGAGUUAGACAAGAACUACACAACCCAGAUAAGGAAGCUUCACGAUUACUUGACUCCAUUUGUGUCCAAGAAUCCAAGAAGUGCAUUUCUGAACUACAGAGACCUGGAUAUUGGCAUCAAUCACCAAGGGAAGAACAGCUAUGCAGAAGGACAGGUUUAUGGGGCAAAGUACUUCAAUGCCAACUUUGAUAGGUUGGUGAAGGUUAAGACUGCUGUUGAUCCAGACAAUUUCUUCAGGAAUCAGCAGAGCAUCCCAACUCUUCCUAAGAAGGCAUAGGGAAAGGGAGUUUAAUCGUCAUGCAGAGAAUACAGUUGUGUGAUUGGUGUUUUUAGCACAAUUCAGCUGAAAUUGUAUUCGGUUGUUUUGUGGCAAUAUUUGUUAGUUUAGUGAAA